AUGGGCGUUCGUAAAGAAACUUGGUUAUGUGACAUCUGUAAAGCUAAUAAGAAAUUGGAAAAUAAGGACGAUACUAGUGGUGCAGUUACUCAGGAUUUCAUGAAGCAAUUAUUUGAUGAAAAAUUCGGCUCUCUGUCAAAACAAAUGAGGGAAUUGCAAGGUGAUGUGGCAGGUAUGUCUGGGCUGUUGGACGAGGCGUUAAAAAACAUAACCGAUCUUCAAAACGAAAAUGAGAAACUUAUUAAAAACUUUGCUAGUAUUGAAGCGGAUAAUGCAAAUUUGAAGACAAGAGUUUCAGUUCUUGAAAAUAAAAUAAACGAGAUGGAACAAUAUUCUAGGCGUAUGAACAUUCAGAUCGAUGGUAUACCGGUUACACAGGGUGAAAAGGUGGACGAUAUCGUCGAGAAGUUGGGAAAUCUUUUAGAAGUUGCUUCUCCGAUUGAAAGUGUACUUUCCAUGCACCGUGUACCGUCAAUUAACGCUAAGAAGUGUCAACCAAUUAUUGUGCAGUUCUCAAACCCUAUGCAGAGAGGAAAGUGGCUGGAAGCAUACCGCAAGAAACGAGAUGUUACUUCUACGGAUCUCAACCCUGUCCUCCAACCAAAAACCAACAUCUAUAUCAACGAGCAUCUGACGAGGGAAAAUAAAACUUUGUUGGCGGCAACCAAAGCUGUGGCCAAGGAGCGAGGCUACCAGUUCGUAUGGGUGCGGCAAGCAAAAAUCUACGUUCGGAAGGAGCACAACAGCAAAGCAGUUAGAAUUUUCACUCAUGAUGGGUUACAAAAACUUGUUUAA